GCUGCAGCAAAGAUGCUGAGAAGUCUGUAGAGUGUUCCAAAAAGCGGAUAAAAUAACAAACAUGUUACGCAACUCUGCAUUUCUGGUUAUUGCUGCUUUGCAUUGGCUAAUAACACACAAACGCAGUGCUGGCAAUGUUGCCAUUGCAGAUGCUUCAAUAAUCCCAGUUGGAGAUCCUAACAUUGCAGUAGGAAAAAUGUCAUCCCAGUCGAGCACGUAUGAAGAAAAGGGGAAGUCAAAGAAGGCCAUAGAUGGUUCACUGGCCAAUAGCUAUGCUAAUGGAGACUGCACCCUGACAAAGAAGGAUUUUGAGCCCUGGUGGAUGGUAGAUUUGAAUUCAGCAUUUCAGGUAUCUGCUGUGGUGAUCACAAACAGAGGAGACUGUUGUGAGUCAAGGAUAAAAGGAGCUGAGAUUCUCAUUGGAGAUUCGCCACAGAAGGGAGGCACAAUGAAUCCCAGGUGCGCUACAAUCAACAGCAUGGGGCGUGGGGAAACAAUGUCCUUCACCUGUGCAGGGAUGCUGGGCCAGUAUGUGACCAUUACAAUCCCGGGGAGAUAUGAGUUCCUCUCACUCUGUGAAGUGCAAGUUCUCGCACACCCAUGGCUCCAUGUGGUUCAUGAUGGUGGACGGAGCCCUGUGAGAGACAGUGAAACUGAUUUAGGUAAGUGCUCAGUUGUGUGUUGGACUAUGACUCCCAUCGGUCUUCAGGGCAGAGUUCUGAGUUUCCUUAAUGAAUCGAAGGAGAGUUAUGUUGUCAUAUCUCCGAUGCAGCCUCUGAAUGUCAUGGAAUUCACGCUCUGCAUGAGGGUCUCAGUAGAGGCUGUGAGUGACCGCAAAGUCAUUCUCUUCUCCUACCGCUCUCAAAAGGACGAACUGAGGAUCUUGCUAACCUCGCUCCAAUUCUGUUUGGGGCACUCAAAUCAAGAGCGCUUCUCUUGGGAAGUGGUCUCUCCUGAGCCUUGCCAGCCUCUUUUUACAGAUCCAGCAAAAAAAGAGGACACAAUGCUUCCAAGAAGGACCGUGAAAUACUUCCUUUCGCUGCUGCUUUUGACCAUCCUGCCUUCACGACCUGCACAGGAGGUCUCCAAUGUGGCCCUCACCGGAGAAGCUUUACAAUCCAGCACCUACAACUCGCUAGGAGGAGCUAUGAAUGCUAUUGACGGGUCGUUGGUAGGUGUAUUUACAGAGGGAUCCUGCACCCACACAGAUUAUGAAAGGAAUCCAUGGUGGACAGUUGACUUGCAGGCGCAGUAUCAAGUACUCCGUGUCAGCAUCACCAAUCGGCAAGACUGUUGUGCUGAACGUCUUAAUGGGGCUGAAAUCCGAGUUGGGAACUCCACAGAGAGAGGAGGCACCACAAACCCUAGAUGUGCUACAGUAAGUUCUUUGGAUGCUGGGGAAACACGCAGUUUUUACUGCGAAGCAUCAAAAGGGCAGUUCGUUACAAUUACCCUACCAAGGAGUGAAUACCUCACGCUUUGUGAAGUCCAGGUAUUUGGUCAGAAGAUAGAUUCCAGUGCUGACCAUGAGCCAGAGAAGAACAAGCCACUCACACCAGGAGAACAAGUUAGCACUUCUGUCCCCAAUGUGGCUCUUGAAGGGAAAGCAUUUCAGUCCAGUAUCUACAAUGCGCUUGGAAACCCUGAGAAUGCCAUCGAUGGGUCUAUAAUUAGUGACUAUAUGCGUGGCCACUGCACACACACAGAACUAGAAUUUAACCCAUGGUGGACAGUGGAUUUGGCAGAAGAGUUUCGUGUGUCCAGGGUUAGCAUCACCAAUCGAGGAGACUGCUGUGCAGGGCGGAUAAAUGGGGCUCAAAUCCGAAUCGGAAGCUCACCAGUAAAAGGAGGAAUCACAAAUCCAUGGUGUGCGACAAUCAGGUCAUUGGCCCCAGGGGCAACAGCCAUUUUUGACUGUGGAGAAAUGCAAGGACGUUAUGUGACUAUCACCAUCCCAGGCAUUCGUUUCCUCUCACUGUGUGAAGUUCAAGUGUUUGGUGAAAAGCUACCUUCCUCGUUUUCUUCACCAAUUGAACAAUGGGAAAAGCCAAGAGAACCAAAACAGCCAUGGGAAGAAGCAAAAGAGAAGUGGCAACCCUAUACAACGGUCUACAAUGCAGCUCUUGAAGGAAAGGCAUUCCAGUCCAGCAUCUUCAAUGAUCUGGGAUCUGCUGAGCAUGCCAAUGAUGGCUCUACGUCUGCUGACUAUUUGCGUGGACACUGCACUCACACCCAAGAAGAAGCUAAUCCGUGGUGGACAGUGGACCUUAGGGAAAGAUUUGAUGUGUCCAGUGUAGUGAUCACCAAUCGGGGGGACUGUUGUUCGGAAAGGAUAAAUGGCGCUGAAAUUCGAGUUGGGGAGUCAGAUGAUGAAGGAGGCAUCAGAAAUCCCAGGUGUGCCACCAUCACUUCAUUGGGUUUGGGAGAAACAAAAAAAUAUCAAUGUGAAGGAAUGCUGGGACGCUAUGUGACUAUUACCAUUCCAGGCGAAGCCAAAUAUCUCUCCCUCUGUGAAGUUCAAGUUUUUGGUCACAGGAGAGCUCCCACAGUUCCCAAUGUGGCCCUCAAAGGUGAGGCAUCCCAGUCCAGUACCUACAACCGACUAGGAGUUGCAAAGAAUGCCAUUGAUGGGUCCACCUCCACUAAUUUUUUGCGUAAAUCAUGCACUCACACGGAUAGAGAGCCGAAUCCAUGGUGGGCAGUGGACUUGAAGGGAGAAUUUGAUGUGUCUAGCAUAAGCAUCACCAAUCGAGAAGACUGUUGUGCAGACCGGCUGGAUGGGGCUGAAAUCCGCAUUGGCAACUCCUUUGAGAAUGGCGGUUCUGCAAAUCCGAGGUGUGCCACUAUCACCUCACUAGGUGCUGGAGAGACCCGCAAUUACAAUUGUGGAGGAUUCAAAGGGCAGUACGUAACUUUGACCAUCCCAGACACUCAGUAUCUCACCCUGUGUGAAGUCCAAGUGUUUGGUGUGAAGGUGGAUUCAUCUGGACAUCCAGACAUCCCAUCUGAAAAGGAAGAAGCAUAAUUGAAACAAAGAAGACCUGGCAAUGUUCUAUUGCUUCAGCUAGGCAAAGAAGACAAUUUUCCACUCUGCAAGCUUUGCCAAUGAUUGCUCCUAACUGAAUUUCAUAUCGUUAUCUCUCUUGAGUUUAUUUUAUUAGGUAGAAACCCCUGUGUGUUUUUGUUUGUAUUGUUUGCUGUUGUUGUCCUUGUGUAUUGUAGAUAAUCUUGGAUAAUUCAUACAGAGGAGGAAUAUACAGUAUAUAUUAUUUAAAAAGAAAAUAAAUACUUGAGGCUGUGGUCACCCCACAUGAAUGUGUGAACUAGCCUUAAAAGGCCGUGGACUUUUCUAAUAAGACAGAAGACAGUUAAUAUUUUAAUUAUUAGUUUUAAUAACCUGUAUUGCAUGUUUAAUAUUGUUUGCAGUAUGUUGUCCAGGGACAGCAGAAAUGUUGCAGUAUGUUGUUUCAUGGGACAGCAGAAAUUGUGAAACCAAGAGCCCAUACAUUUGUAGAAAGACACCACAAAUUAUCGUUAGUAGGUGCUAACAAGGAACAACCCUGGUUGGCUGUCUAGAACAGGCAUCCCCAAACUGCGGCCCUCAAGAUGUUUUGGCCUACAACUCCCAUGAUCCCUAGCUAAGAGGACCAGUGGUCAGGGAUGAUGGGGAUUAUAGUCCAAAACAUCUGGAGGGCCGAAGUUUGGGGGUGCCUGGUCUAGAAGAACCUGCACCCAGAGGGAUGACAACUCCUUCCAUGACUGCUAAGCCCACCUGCUAUUUAUGUACAGGUCAAAAUCCCAAAUAAACAGUAGAACUUGCAACUC